AAAAAUGUACUGCCCUUACUCCACAUGAGUGGUCUGGACAUUGAUGUUGUCUACAUAAAUAAGGAUAACGAAAUCAAUGAUACGUUGAAUACUUUUGACACUACUAAGACUGAAGGUAUACUGAUCGCAGGAGAUGAUAAUUUAUUGCAAAAAGCCGUAACCGCCCUUAUCCGCCGGGGUUUUUUCGAGCAUGAAGUCUAUCCUUCAGCGUCCUCAUCUGAUGAAACACCGAACGUAUAUUCAUCGUCGCAUUCAGACGUUUCUUCUGCUGAUGAUAUUGUCCACUCUUCUAAGGAAAUUGCUCCGUCACUUGGCAUUCGUUACUCACAAUCAAAACCAAUUUACGCUCUUUCCGGUAUCGAAUGGAGCAUCUGGCGUGACAUAGAAUUUGGUAAAGGAGAUAUAACAAGAUCUAAACCAUCCAAAGUACCCUUGCGUACUAGUGAACAUCGUUCACGACUGCCUGAGCUCUCACCAGAAGUUAUUGAUAACUCUCUUUUGCCAUGGGGUUUCUGGAGUAUGCAUCCAUAUGCAUGGUAUCGUGAGGUUGGAGCACUGCGAAGAUUCGCCAUGGCCUAUUUUCGGACCUUAUUUAAAUGGGAUGCAAAUUUAUCACUUCAUCACGAGCUUUGGUCAUCCACUGUAUCAGCCUCUUCAAACCCGAUUGUUGAAUCUGAUAGCACAUUAGGAAAUGAAACUUCAGAAGUUCACCCAAAUUCUGGGCCUUCCUCAUUUCCAAGAAGGCUAAUCAAGAACUUUCCUAUUAGAUCGAAGCCAGUCCGUCUGGUUUAUACAAAAGUUUGUAGUGGCUGCUCUAGGUGCUGGCGGACCAAGCAAUCGUUUAUUGGCCAUUACGACUUAUAG